AUGAAUUGUUCCUGCGCUGUUGCUUUUUUAUGCAACCCUUCUGUCUCACGACUUCUUCUGUGCGUUUUCCGUUGCCUUGUGGCGUUGUGGGUGGCAGAGGAACACGUGCUGACAGCGCGUGGGCAGCCCGUUCCGGCUAAGGGAGGGGCGCAGGAAGGAAUGAUCGGCAGUGCUGUGCCACCCCCAUUUGUUUACAUCCGAAAAUAUUCCGGUUUCAGUGUUGCCUUUUUUUUUUUUUUUUGCGUUGCGCUUCUGCAAGCGACACCGGGACCCGUCGGAGCCUCCGUUACUUUGCGGUGUGGAGGUUUUUUGGCGAGGGUGUGUUUAGGCACCAGAAUUUUACGACGCGUCGCUUCUCCCCCUGUUUCCGAAGGAAAGGAGAAGGAGGAGGAGGACACAAAGUCGGAAGCGACACUAAGAGAAGGAGUGAAGGAAAGAGAACAAAUAGAAAUAAUAAGCGACAUCAAUAAUAAUAAUAAUAAUAAUAAUAAAAGCAACGAAAACCAGAGAAUAAGAGGGAUAGGGAAGGAUAGCGAGGGAAAUCAACGAAUCUCAAGGAUGUGCACUCCAAAUGGCAAUGGGUUUUAUGGGGAUGCCAUGUAUCAGACACACUUUUGCAUCCGAAACAAGCGUGAAAAUGGCCUUAUUGGAGUUACGAAGUCACGUUUUUUUGGCUCAUAUGGGGAUUCCGCAUCAUGUAACUCGAUUGGGAAUUCCGUCUCGCUUCUGCCGUACGGCUAUAUGGGGAGCACAAACAACGGAGGCUCACCCACAUCUACUGCAAAUCAAGAUAUAGUACCUGCGACUUCCUUUCCCUUGGCUGUUAAUACUGCCUCUGUUAGUAUUGCUACCCCCACUGCUGUAAUACCACCAGCUUCCCAUGGUUCCACCAAUACAGUGGCUACUUCUUUGUCUCAGCGGCUUCAACGGCAGGCAGUUCUUUUGGUCAAGCUGGCCGAUGGGCAGCCAAUCUCAUGCAUGCCCGUCCAGCAAUUAGUUUUGGCGAGACCGGGUCCUUUAAAUCCUGCCUCACUGCUUACGAGCGAGGAUUUCCAAGGGAGCAAAAGAUGCAGCAGUGGUGUAAGCUCUCCGGCUGAAGGCGGUCCAAGGGAUGCUGGAGAAGGAGUCAUAUCCCCAUUAAAAUCAACGAGUUUUUUGGAUGAACAGGCAAUAAAUACUUCCCGGGCCACGGUUUUCUCGGUUAUGUCACCUGUCACACAUGUUUCUUCAAGGCCGUUGUCUUUUGCGUAUCAUCCGUCAGCGACACCAUUGGCUCAAAAUGGGAACAAUGUUUUGCCGCCAGGACCUGACAGUAUUAGAAAAAGUGAUUUUUACAGGAGAAAUCCAACAACCACCAACAACAAGGGUACGAUUAGUAUUAAAAAUCAGGGUGAUUUUGCUGGUGAUGGGCUCCGCGUUGAUGUGUAUUCUUCUGACUUUAGCUGUAUUAUAUCUCUUUCACCUUCCGCAAUCUUUCACAAGCCACACCCUUCAUUGGGUGUUUCUCGAUUGGUUCUUUGUCGAAAAUAUUUCCCUGGUCGCCCUGAUAGCUGCUGGAAGGGUGCCAUGUGCAAAUUUGUGCAUGCCGAUACGACAGGUGCACCACGAUAUUCCAUUCAUGUUAACUACUCUUGGCGGAGCGCAGAAUGCUGCACUUACCCGCGUCUCCCAGCAGGCGAAAUGAUUCAUGUUUUGGCACCAAAUGGUCGACAACCGUUGGAGACUUUUCCGAGUGAACGCAUUCUGGUUACACGUGGUAGCAUCAACUGGAAAAACCAUAUUGGACCACUUUCACGUUGCGCUCACUACUACUUCAACUGUCUUUGCAACCGGGGUGAAAAAUGCAACUUCAUUCACACAGUUUAUGUCGAUCUAAGUGUGGAGGGUGUAUUUAAGCGUGCCCCGGCCUCCAGAACUAUUCCACCGACCAAAAAGCGGGCAUCACGGGCAAAAUUAUUUGCUUCAUCACGAUCCGAUGUGGCUGCUAAUGGUUGUGCCUCCGUGAGCAAGAAGAAACCAGUUUUGAUGCAACCAUCACGGGGGCACAACAAUAUCCUUUCUGAGGAUUUUGACAUAGAUGGCGACACGGUGCCAACCGCAAAUCAGAACCUUGACCUUGCAAUACCAAAGCACGUUACGGACUCCUUUUCCCACACAUUAUUGUCCGUACGUGACGGCAGUGCGCGCAGCAGCACCAGUGGGGAGACAAGGCCGAUUGAAUGGACAUUUGUGGAUAAUUCGGAGGAUUCAAUUUUGUCAGACGGGGUAUCAGCUCUUCAGCUCUCAUAA